AUGGGACAUAAAUUAAUUUUUCUCUUACUCCAAGUGAGAGAACAAAAAUUUUUGCUAGUUUUUUUCAAAAUUCAUAUUCAAAAUAAUUUUUAAUUUUUUUUUAAAAUUAAAGCUGUCUUAUAUUUAAUUGCUCACUGAGGGUUUUUUUUUUACCCAAAAAAUAGGGUUCGCUCACAAAACAAAGAUUUAGUCCUAUUCCCCUAUUUUUCAGCACAGCGAGAUCAUUUUAAUUGUCCUUGCUCAGACACAUUAUUAAAUAACAAAUACUGUAAUUCAGAAUGCAAUAUAAGAGCUUGUAAUUGAGACUAUGGUGACUGUGACUCCGAAGGCAGUUCAGAAAUGUUGGAAGCUAUUAUAAUUAUCGCUAUCAUCGGUGGCCUAUUAAUUUUUAUGUAAUUACUAUUUAGAUUUUGUGCAUGUUUUAUUACUUCAAGAUUAAGAUUAUUUGAAAAUUUACGUGGAGCUACUAUAAAUCCUGUUAAUAUAAACGACACAACUUUUACACAACAAAAUGCAGCAAAUGAAGCCGUUUUCGCAAUUUUUUCAGAGAAAACAAAAUACUUAGGACAGCCAAUCUGCGCAAUUUGUCUUAUGGAAUUUCAAAGAGGAGAUCCUAUUAGAAUCACAAAAUGUUUGCAUCUUUUUCAUAAUGAGUGCAUAGAAAAAUGAAUGCUGGCAGCUCCAAAUCCUAAAUGUCCUGAUUGCAACAAAGAGUGCACGCUUCAAAGCAGUUUUUAUCAAUAA